UCAAGCCAAAAAGUGGAGCUCCUAAACCAACAAAAACAAAGGUAGAAGGUCUGUAUGAAGAUAAGGCAGAGAAAGAUGGAGAGAUGGAAACGUUAAGACAGAUGUGUGGUCAUUUAUCUGAAGCUAGUGGGGUCAAGGAUAAAUAUGCAUUAAAAGAACUGCUGGCUGAUGUAGAGACCAAAUGGAAUGACCUAACAGAACUUUUAGUCCAGCAGGUCUCAUUGGAGGCUUUGUCCGAAAUUGAUGGCAUGUUGAAAUAUUUAGAUAAAGCUGAAAAUGAAAUCAAUACAGCCGAAUCUAUCAGCAUCGAUCCUGAGACUUUGAGUAUACAGUUGAGAGAACACAAGAUAUUCAACACUGAUUUAAAAGGCAAGCGCAAUGCUGUAAAAGACAUUAUCGACAAGUGCACACAUAUGCUUAGAGAGACAGCUAAUUCCCAAUCAGAUGAGAUCAAGUUUCGUCUAGACACCAUUACACAGCAGGCUGACCUAGUUUGUCAGCUGAGUGCUGAUAGACUUCACCAGUUAGAGGCUGCUCUACCAUUAGCUACUCACUACGGAGAAAACCAAACAGAGGUCUGUGCAUGGCUGGAUGAGAUGGAGGCAGAGCUUGUUGCUCAGGGUGAGCCUGGACUAAAUCUGGAGCAAGUGAAAAAACAACAUGAUAAUUUAAAGGCCAAUCAGCAAAUAAUUGAAGAUCGCAAGUUAUUUAUAGAUGAUCUUAACUCCACUGGCCUUGAACUUAUGGAUAUCUGCGCUGAACAAGAUGCAGUGGACAUUCAGAAUAGGUUACUUGACAUUAACAAGAGAUAUGAGGGUUUGAAGUCAAAGGCUCAUACUAAAUCAAGGGAUUUGACAGAUGCAAAACGAAAACUAACCCAAGAGGCUGGAGAUACAUUAGAUCAUUUAAAGGAUGAGUUGGAUGGACUGUCAAACUGUCACCAAUGCUGA